CAUACCCAUGUUGCGGUUGAGAAAAGGUUGCGGACUAUUGUGUUUUAUUUUGAUGUAAUAGUUGUAAUUCGUGUGAAAGGUGUUAGUUUUCUUGGAGCAUAGAGUUAUAUAGUUUAAAAACUAAGUUGCAUUUAUUAGCUACGUGAUUAUGCCUAAAAAGAACAAGCCGAACAGGAGCUGGGGCAGCGAUGGAGGAAUUCGUGAUCCAGGCAAAUAUUAUUUCGAACAUGAUGACCGUGUUAUCGAUCCUCCAAGAAGGGUAUCUUUCAAGCCCCCCAACCGCUCAAAAAGGCGAAACAAGAGCUGGGAGUUGCUGCGAUCCGUUAUGGAUGACGAUGUUGAUAUGUCAGGUGCAAGCACCAGCGGAUCAAGAUCUUAUGAUCGCUUCAAUCCAUACAGCGGAAGGGGGGGACGCUCACACAGCAGUGGCAGUGGAAGGGGCAGAAGAUCAGGUCGCAAUUCACCUUCAUCAAAUGCCUCUGGCCAUAGGCGGAAGUUAGUUCCCAACAGUUGUACUUGGUACAAAGUUGUGCUUCCACAUGGAGGUAAAUACUCCAAGGAGUACAUCCUGAAGACACUAGCAAAUUAUGUUGCUCCUCUGGCGCUCAGUCCCCUGUCGUACAAGAUCAGUGGAAAUGAAUCGUAUUUUUAUGUUGAUGAUUAUGAUGCUGCAAAUGAGUUACUCAAUGCAGACAGGCGGAUUACGCUGACUGAUGGGUUCAAGCUAAAUGUGAUUGUAAGACCAGCUGUGCCCAACAUUCAGCUAACAGACGGCGUUAAGGACCUUCUAAAGCAAGUCAUGGCAAAGCGGUUCAACCCAAUUACCAAAGCUCUGGACCUAUCGAAACUCCGUGAUGAUCCAGAUAUGAUGGAGCACGCACUCCCUAUCCAACGGCCUGCUGUAUUAUCCGCUAUGCUGGAUCUAGUUGCCGAGAACAUUCCUGAACUGGCAGCCCUGAACUUGUCUGAGAACAGGCUGGGUGGAAUCGACCUUUUGGGAGUCGUGGCACACCGCUUGCCGUCUUUGACUGUGCUACACAUUGGGAACAACAAGAUCCGUAAUAUCAUUGAGCUGGAUGCACUUAAGGGAUUGCGCCUAGUGGAACUAGUCCUUGAGGGCAAUCCUGUGUGUCGACGCUAUGAGGAUAGAAGUUCCUAUGUAAGUGAAGUCAGGAAGAGGUUUCCAAAAGUGUUAAAACUGGACGGGACGGAGCUACCACCACCAAUUCUCUUUGACGUUCAGGACGAAGAGGCCAAGAUUCCCCUUGCAAAAGCACAUUUUGCAUGCUCUGAACAAGGUCGUACACUCGUGCAGGCAUUCUUAGAGCAGUAUUACGGUGUAUACGACUCAGAAUCUCGCCUGCCAUUGGCCGAUGCUUACCAUGAGGAGGCACUCUUCUCAUUGUCAGCUGUGUAUCCACCGGGACAGAGUACCAGCCAUAGCCGGUUGAACGUGUACCUUGGAAACAAUCGCAACCUGAUGCGUGUAACAGAAACAGACCGCCGGCGAAAAUUGCUGCGACGCGGACGUCAUGUGGUGGUCACUGCUCUGGCGGAUCUUCCUCGAACAGAACAUGACCCGCAGUCCUUCACAUUUGACCUUCUAAUUUUCUCACCACAGCUAAUGGUCGUGGCCGUCAGUGGUAUGUUCAGAGAGUCAGGUGGUUCGAAACCAUUCCCUAUUCGCUCAUUUAGCCGCGUAAUGGUCAUAGUACCUCAUGGAGUUGGCAUGUGCAUCACCAAUGAUGAGCUUCUUAUCACAAAUCCCACAGCAGACCAGCUCAAGGUUGCAUUCCAGCCUCCGAAACCUGUUGAGACCCCAAUUACAUCUCCAGCUGGCCCAUCUCAGCUUAUUGCUGCCACGCCACCCUCUGCUGCCAUCGCUACUGCAGUAUCACCUAUAGCGAUGGCAGAUGAAGCCGUCAAACAGCAGAUUGUUGAAGCUCUGGCUCAGCAAACGGGCAUGAAUCUUCUCUGGUCAAAAAAAUGCCUGGAUGACACAAAUUGGGACCCACAAACAGCACUGAAUGCCUUCACAGAGCUCAGUAGUAAAGGCUUAGUUCCUGCAGAGGCAUUUGUGAAAUAGCCAUUUUGAUAUUCGGUCUUAAUAACAGUUUGAGAAUGCCAACAUUCCACUCGCAUGUUGCCUGUUGUGGUAGUGACAGCAGUGAAUUUUCUUCAUUAUGAAGCUCUGGUGUUGAUCCUAGAGUGAAUUUUGGUGAAGCCUUUACUAAGGCCGUAUUGUAAAUUUUUUAUAAGUGUGAGAAAGAUGUAACAAUGUCCGUUUCACUAUUUUUGUAAUGUGAUUUGCUUCAGAUGCCAAUCACUGUGCUGUUGCAUGAUACUGUAAAUCACAACAUCUUUAUAAAUUUCUCAUUCUUGUAAGAUAUUAAGGAAAACAUUCUGGAAUAGCAAUGACAACAAAAAAAUUUUCAGUUGGGCCACAUAAUGUUUCAGAACAGAAAUAUGAUUUUUUUUUACAUAUUUGAAUAUAUUUUUACAUACUAAGUAUGUGUUGUACAUAUACAUACCAUAGUUGUUAAGUUAUGUAUGUCUUGAAAUGCUGUAGUUGUAAGUAAAUUCAUUUAAAAAAAAAAAGCUGCAUCAUUUCCAUAUCUGAUACUUGCUUUUAUGUGCAAACACUGUUACAAAGUGCAUCAGUGUUAGUAAAAAUUAACCAUGUUCAUAAUACCACAUUGUUAAAUGGUAAUUACAAUUUUUGAUGGAUGAUUCUUAUGAGUUCAUUUUAAUAAGGUGAAUUACUUAUAAUAAGUUUCUCCAUUUUGGUUUCCUGGAAUAUGAAAGUUUGUUGGAAAACUGUUUAUCUAAAUUUUAUUUUAAAUCUCCCCCCCCCCCUCCCCCCCCCCUCUCUCUCUCUCUCUCUCUCUCUCUCUCUCUCUCUCUCUCUCUCUCCAUCCAUCCCACUUUCAAAAAAAUCUCUUUCUGUCACCAGUCUUUCUCUUUCUGUUACCAGUCUUUCUACCCCACUCCCAAAAAAAUCUUUGUGUCGCCACCUUUCCAAAUUAUAUCAAAAUCUCAAAAAUAACAACAGAUUAGGGGGAUUUAGAUCAUUCCUUAACACUAUUAAUAUGUAAUCUUACAGUGUUUGAACUGUUCUAUUGUAGAGCGUACUAACCUAUAUCUUCAAAACCUCUUUGUUCAUCUAUUUCUAAAGUGGUUAAUGCAGGCAAUCUUGGAUUCAAAUUACUGAAGACAUAGUUUUAAGGAAUGGCUUCAGUCCCUCCUGACUGUGGGUAAUUAUGUAAUAUUGGUGAAAACCCAUCAUGUGUUUAAAGUGUAGCUUUGUGUGUUUUAUCUUUAAUAGCUUGGGAACAGAAAUCUGCAUGGUAAUAAUUUCUUGCUUUUGUGUCGUCCCUUCCCCCUAUCUUCAAUCAUACUGCGAAUGAAAAAAAUUCGCUGUAUCGUGUGUACAGAGCAGGAUUUUUCGAGAUAUUUCAACUUGUGCGGUAUGUGUGUAAAUGGAGUAGUGUUGUGUAAAUUACUCCCACUUUGACCUCCAGAAACUGUAUCUCUCUACUGUUGGACUUCAGUAUCUUAUAGUGACAGGGGUGUGGAAUGUGGACCACAUCCCAUUAAAAUCUCUCCUAUGUCGACGGAUUCUACCUUCUGCUUGCUCCACGUGUAAGAGUUUCAUCAUCGGUGGCUGUGAUUGUAGGAAGAGAAACCUUCCUCAGCAGAAUAUUCACGCAGCCAUUAUGUUAUUGAUGAGUGGUGUAGUGUCUUAUAACACUACAAGUUGUUGUUAUUGGUGACUGGCAGCGUCGUAAAGGACACGAAAUUCAAGUGACAAUGAAAGGAAAGGUAGGAGAGGUGGUGGUGGCUACAGUGAUAGUGGAGGAGGAGGAGGAGCAGAAAAGGAGAAACUGGAAGAGGAAAUGAACAGUACAUUAUACAUUAAAAAAGAGUAGAAGCAAAAAAUGCUGAAUUUGGUUUCUGUUUAUAGACUGACUGGUGUCCAGCAGAGAACUUAAUUUUUAAAAAAAUUUAUCCUGUUCUAUCACUAUGAGGUUAUUGAUUAGCCAUACAGAUUUCUGUUCCACUUUUGCAUUUUUUCAUAUUAAAUGUUCUUAUCUCAACAAAUCAAAUGUAGCUGGAAGUCCAAAAAGUAAUGCUCUUGUUCCUGUAUACACUGUAGGGUUAACCUUCUGUGUUUAAUGUCUGGAACAAUAAUUAAUUUGCUUUUUGAGCUUCAAGUUACAUUCUCAAAAUAAAUAUGUAACAAUACCCAGAGUGGGUUACCUGAGUUUGUUGAAAGUCGGCUAUUCUUAGCUUUCUCCCUCCAUUCUGUUUCACUGCCACUCUAUUUUGUAAUUAUAUUUUUGUGAUGAUGUAGAAUGUGUUAUGUUUAUAGCAAACUGCAACUGUCACCAUACUCGCUGAAUCUAGCCUAAUAUUGUAGAGUGUGUUUGUGGUAUGUGAAUUGCGUAAUGCACAACACAAAUGGGGAAAUAGGAAGAGAAUAUAGUGUUCUUGUGAUUAUAGUUCCUGGCACUGUCCAGUCAUAUGUAGCACAGUGAAAGAAAUGUUUGAGGCAUGAUUCAUGUUUCUGAAAUAAACUUCUGUAUGCACAUACAAAGAAAAAUUCCAGUAUUUUGACUUUAUUUAAAUGUUCCAAGAUUUAUUAGAAUUUUGUAUGUGACUAAAACAUUGUUUCAAACAUUGGAUUUCACUGGGCUACAUAUGAGUGCUUGUACCUGAAUGCUUAGUGUUAAUAUGAUUUGUCAGUUGUGGAUCAGUUGAAUAACAUUUGUUGUUUUAGUUAGUUUUUUUUUUCUUUUCCUUCCAUAAUGAAAAACUUAUUUCCAAAUUUUAGUGUCAUUUUUCCGGAGUAGAAAUACAAUAAUUGUUAUUCAUGUGGUCUGCAGCUGCCACAAUUAGUGAAAUCUGUUAAUAAAAUAAUUUGAUAGGAAAUGAAUGCAGCAUUGCUUGUAUAGUAAAGUGGCAUACAGAAAUGUUAAAACUUCCUGACUUUCUGGGUGGUGUGACGAUGAUAUUUUAAUUGUAAAAAUGUUGUUGAGGUGGGCACUUUCAUUGUGUGGUUUAUUAUUUCCGAAUAUGCAGAGACAUAUAUAAUUGAUAUAUAAAUGAAUAAAUACUAAUCAUCUAUGUCAUUGUGAAAAUAAAAAUUUAUUUUAUAAAAUUUUGUUUGCCUUAUUGU